CACCUUAUAAAGGUCAACUUCUUGUCUUGUUUUGAUCUUGGAACACGAAAAGUGCUAGGAUUGAUGUGUAUGUAGAUGUAUCUCAUGUAUGUAUGGUGUGUAUACAUUCCAAAUAUAUGUUUUAUGUUGUGUUACUUGUGCAUAGAAAGAACAUGUUAUGUUGACAACUUGCAUUCUUUUAGAAUGACACAAACACUCUUAGAUAUCUUUAAUUUAAAAAAUAGAGUUUGAGAUGUAGCAGUCACUAAAAAGAACAAAGCAUAAACUAAAGAGCAUGACGCAAACUCCCAUGAAAAUCCAAUAGAAAACCCCCCACAGGCGUCACAAAAACUCAUGGUGGAGCUCCCACAAUCACCCUUGCUUUCCACAUACAGUAGUCCCUAUCCCAAAUACCAUCUCUUAAAGUUUCAUAUAGAUAUAUAAACUCAAACACAAACUCAUCAUAAUUAAACUUUCAUACAAUUGUCGGUUUUGAUUCAAUGGCGAAUUCUGAUGUGGGAAAGUUGCGUAGAGGGCCUUGGCUCGGGGAAGAAGAUGACAUAUUGACCACCAUUGUUGGAGCUUUAGGAGAAAAACAUUGGGAUGCUUUAGCUAAAGAGUCAGGUUUAAGGAGGAGUGGAAAGAGUUGUCGGUUAAGGUGGAUGAACUAUCUUCGACCGAAUUUAAAGCAUGGUGAGAUCACACAUGAAGAAGAACAUAUCAUUCUUGAUCUUCAUAAACAAUGGGGUAACAAGUGGUCAAAAAUUGCUAAAAGAUUGCCUGGACGGACGGAUAACGAGAUCAAGAAUUACUGGAGAAGUCAUCUGAAGAAGAGAGCCGAAGCACAUCAAGAAUGCUUCCAAGAUGCGGAUAAAAGUUCACAUCAAGAGUUCUCUACACCUAGAUGCGAAAAAAGCCAUGAUUACAUCAUUGGUGAAAGCAGCAGCAUGAACCAAAAGGAUGGUAUUUUAUUUGGGGCUUCAUCGUCGACGGAGACUUUAGAGCCAUCUAACAUGAAUGCAUUCGGGAAUUGUUCACCUUAUGAAAACAGGAUUUCGGACUGGUUAUCUUCGUGCUGCUGGCUCGUUGAAGGACUAAAACAUGAGGAAGAUUGCAUGGGAACAUAUCCGGGUUUCUGUCAACUUGGAUCGAGCUCGGAAGAAGAAAAGACACAUGGUGUGUGGGACCUUUGGAAUCCGGUUUAGGAAAUGGGUUAAAACUUUUAGUGUUCUUCUUCAUGUAUUGAAAUGUGAAGAGUAUAUAAAUAAUACUCACUAAUGAAUUUGAGGAUCGUAAUUAGCUAGAUGCUUCUAAAUAAACACUUGUCGUUGCUGUUAUCAUGAAACUAUCUAUAACCAUUAGCCCACCUAAAUAUGAAAAACAGCAUUACAUCCAAA